UGACACGGAAGUCGGUGCGCCACUGACUAGAAUUCGUGAUGUGUCAAAUUUGGAUAAAUAUCGUGACGUCCACUAUCAAAGUCAUACGUUAAAACAUGUUGACAUCGCAAACUGGCAGGUUCACAUAACUUCAUCUCUAGUUUGGAGGCUAUAGGACAUUCAUGUAGCUGCUGUUGAAACGUUACAUGCCGCAAUGAAGAUGAUAUGUGGCGGCUAGCUGGAGCUAGCCUCUAGCUAACUUCGUUUAUAGACCAGGCUUGCUAAAUAUGAACACAGAGAGGCAGUGACAGCGACAGGUGGUGAUAACAGACCAGCCUAAUCCACACACCAGCCAGCCAACUAGCGAACCUGGCCUUUUGUUUACCUGCUUCUCAGGUAAGAGGUGAGCAGGGGGCAGGGCCUCCCACGCAGUAGGAGGGAUGCCUGUGGAGGGCGGAAGCAGCAGCGGCUCUGCCUCGGCUGCCCGUCACCCCAAGCAGAAGCGCAAAGCUCACAGUCUGUCAAUCCGGCGCACCAACAGCACAGAGGAGAGGCCACCAGGCUUACAAAGAGGAGACAUGCUGGAGGGACAGGACUCCAAGCUGCCCCUGUCCUUGCGGAGCAACCUUCUUGACCUCUUCGGACAGAUUGAGCGCGAGUUUGAGAAUCUCUACAUUGAAAACCUUGAAUUACGCCGGGAAAUUGACUCUCUGAACGAGCGUCUGACCGGAGACGGACAGACUAUUGAGGGAGGAGACCCCACCAAGGGAGCUCUGAAAACUAAAGCCAGCCACAGCACCAGUCAACUGUCACAGAAGCUGAAGACAACCUACAAAGCCUCCACCAGCAAGAUUGUGUCCAGCUUUAAAGCCACCACAGGGUCCCGGGCUUUGUGCCAGCUGCUCAAGGAGUAUGUGGGUCACCGGGACGGGAUCUGGGACCUCAGCAUCACCCGGACUCAGCCAGUAGUCCUGGGCACCGCUUCUGCAGAUCACUCAGCUCUGUUGUGGAGUAUAGAGACUGGGAAAUGUCUGCUGAGAUAUGCUGGCCAUGCAGGAUCAGUCAACUCCAUCAAGUUCCACCCCACGGAGCAGAUGGCCCUCACAGCCUCUGGAGAUCAGACGGCUCACAUCUGGCGCUACAUGGUGCAGCUUCCUGCCCCCCAGCCACCACCAGAUGUCAGUGCUCUAUGUGAUGACGACCAGGACUCGUCAGACAGAGAAGAAGGUGAAGUUGAUGGUGAAGGGCCUUGUGAGGUCCCCACCGUCCGGGUCGCUACGGCAACCCUGAAGAGCCAUCAGGGUGUAGUGAUCGCAGCUGACUGGCUGGUUGGAGGCAGACAGGUGGUGACCGCUUCCUGGGACCGGGCCGCCAACCUGUACGAGGUAGAGACGUCUGAACUGGUUCACGCACUUACUGGACAUGACCAGGAGCUGACCCACUGCUGUACCCACCCCACCCAGCGGCUGGUGGUCACUUCAUCCAGAGACACCACCUUCAGACUGUGGGACUUCAGAGACCCGUCCAUCCACUCUGUCAACGUCUUCCAGGGACACACUGACACGGUGACGUCGGCAGUGUUCACGGUGGGUGACAACGUGGUUUCAGGGAGUGAUGACCGCACCGUCAAGGUGUGGGAUCUGAAGAACAUGAGGUCGCCCAUAGCAACCAUCCGCACUGACUCCGCUGUGAACAGGAUAAGCGUCUCUGCCAACCAAAGGAUCAUCGCUCUGCCACAUGACAAUCGACAAGUCCGCCUGUUUGACAUGAGUGGAGUGAGACUGGCCAGACUUCCACGCAGCAACAGAAUGGGUCACAGGCGGAUGGUGUGUUGUACGGCGUGGAACGAGGAGAACCAGUCGUGCAAUCUGUUCACCUGCGGCUUCGACCGACAGGCCAUCGGCUGGAAUAUCAACAUCCCCGCCCUGCUGCAGGAGAAGUGAAGCCACUGACAGGAAAAGGAGGAGACGGUUCACAUAAACAUUGUAAUCUGUGGCCUCGCACAUGCUAGUUUGCUUAAAGUGUUUACCCAGUGAAGCAUUUUAGCUGUCAUGUAUUUAAUAGAUUUCUACCUGCUGAAAUAUGUGAAAAAUGUUACUUUUAAAGAUGCAGCUAUAGCAUACAAUAUAUUCCCCAGAUGGAUUACUCUUAACUUAUUGUGUACAUCUGUCGUAGAAACCUGCAGAACAUCUAGUGUUAGAUUCCAACAUUUUAAAGUGCAAGUGUGUGUGUGAGGCCACAGCGCCGAUCUCCUGUAUUCGGCCCUUACACUUAUUUAGCAUGCGUUGUGAAUUGUGACCUGGCUCGGCUGAUUCUUUGUUUUAAAGUAUAUAUUUGACUCCACAGUCAUAGGCUGCUGCCCACAUCACUGUUGUUUAGUUGCUGCUGAACAGUCGCUCUUGCAUGUAGAUAAUCUUGUUUUGCAAAUGUUACAUGUAAAGAUGUGAGAGAACAAUUAUUAUGCCAGGAGAGUUUGUAGAAUACGAUAUAAAGAAGUUGUGUAUAUAUUAUGUCGUGGCCUGAUUAAGUGACCUGUGUUGCAGGUUGUUGCUAUUUCAUGGAUUAAGUGUCUUACAGUGAUCUACCUGUUGAGGGUGGCAGAGAUAGUGUGGUUCUGUGAAAUGUUUUUAUCCUUUUAGUCAGACUUGAAAUAUUUUUCAUCAUGGAACAAAACAUAAUAUUCAGGGUAACACGUUAUAAUAACCAUCAAAAUAGUGAAUACACAUAAUAGUUAGUUAGAACUUUUAGUUAAUUUUUGUUUUACUGUAAACAAACCACAACAGUAACAGUUUACUGUUGCUCACAACAUUUUAUAUAUCACAAAUCAAGUAUUUGUUAAUGAUUACUAAAUAAAGAUAUUAUUGCUGCACAAAUAUUCACUUUUUUUGAUGAAAAAAUGUAAAGGGGCCAAAUUAAUGUAAACAUAAAUAAAAACCGAAUGCAUCAAAUUCAGAAUUCAGAGGGUAUAUUUUCUAAAAAAAAAAAGUUUUUAUCACUUUGAACAUUAAAUAUAUUGUCUUUGUGAAGUUUCCAAUAGAAUAUGUCACAAAGGAGAAGGAAAUUGUCAUUUUAUCACUAUAGUUUUAUUUAUGUUUCACACAAUGGCCAACUUUCUAAAAAAUACAUAUUUUACAAAUCCCGUAUAUUGUUUAUAAAAUGUGUGCAAUACUAAACUGUUAAAAUAAUGAAUUAAAAACCUUAUAAAUGAUCUUUUCAUUGUUAAACAGUAACAUAACUUUAAUAGUGAUGGUUAUUAUUAAGUGUUACCUUAUCAGGCCUGCCACAUCAGCUGCAUUCAGUCUUAAACUGUUUCCUUCUGUUUGACAGUUUCACUCUAAUAUUUAAGUCCUUGCCUUUCAUGCUUUCAAUUCAAAGCCAGCCUCCAUGUUUUCAUUUUCUCGUCAUUUUUUUUGAAAGAUACUGUAACUUUGCCUUGUUCUGUGUUUACAGUAGGAGUUAAUUUUAAAGUGUUGCUUUAUUCUGCCUCUCUAUCAGACUGCAAAGUUUUAAGAGCAUAGCAAUAACAGGGAAACGACUGCACUUCUGUUGGGAUGUGUUCAACGUGAUCAUGAUCUCGUGUUCCCUACGUGUUGCAGGUUUAGGUGUCACUACUUUUAGCCAUAAUUACAUAAUUACUCUCUGUGUGUCGGUGAAAUACACACCCAUUCUUUUCCGCCUGUUGCCAACUCGGAGCCCUGUGUUGCUGUAGUGUAUCAUCCCAAGUGAACUUGUUGGUUACUGCUCAUUUCUGUGCUUCAGUAACAGCCUGUCAAUGUCAAGUUCUACAUUGAACCCUUAGCCUUGUAUGACCUCUUGGACCUUUUGUUGUAGAAAUCUGUGAGAAGCACUCUUUUUUCCAAAUUCAGAAGCAAUAACCCAGCUCCUUUAUGUUUCUGGUGCUCAGAUUGAAGCCUGUUUCUGUCUCAGAAGUCCGUGAACAUGACUUGAAAUACACACUGAAUCUCAGUUUGAGAACUAGAAGAACUGGGCUCCUCCAGAAUCCUGAUAAACUCUAUAUUUGUUCCACUUGUGCAAUAUCCUAAACAUGAAGUCAUGCUGUAGUUUUGGAUCUUCAGAUGUUUAACUUAUUUCAGUGCUGUAAUAAACCCCAUAAAAUGACUUUAUGUACUUGUGUGACUGGUGUAGAUGUAGCUCAGUGUUCAUACUGUAGGUAUAUGCAGAAUUUACCCCAAAGUUGGCUUCAGACUUCACUGCUGUAGAGUCAGUUUGAAGUAGCAUGAACCUAAAAAUAAAAAAAAAACGUAUUGAAAUGCCUUACACAUUGCAUUGAAAAUGGUGCAUUAGCCUUAUCCAUCUGAGCAUCAAUGCACGUUUCCAAAUGCUUGUUAAAUAACUAGUUGUGUUCCACUGCAACGUGCGAUAGGAUUUUUAUUCCCGUUUCAUUCGGGGAACUCAAUCUCACGCCCACUGAUAUCAAUGUCAUUUUAACCUGCAGGUAGAAAGGCAAGUCCGAUUUACACCCCACAUAUGAAUUCCAACUCGGAGGAAAUAUGAUUUUGGAUUGAUACAUUUAAUUAUUGUGUGCCAGAUUGGAGGGGGGUAAAAAAAAAAAGUGGAUAGGCUUCGCUUCAUUGUCGCGAAUCAUAU